AUGUUUUUAAGAAGUGUGAAGAGUUUAAAGAUUAGUGGUGGCUGUUCUGGUGCUUUGUUUAGAAGAAUUGGCUCGAAAUCUGUGCGUUUCAACUCAACAAAUGCCUCAAUCAAUCCAAAUGUGAUUACGCCUGGGGAAAGUGGAAAAGGUAAUGAUAAUAACAAUAAGAAUGAUGGUAAGAAAUAUUCGUCAAAUAUCCCAUUUUAUAUUACUGCAUUGAUCCUUGGGGUUGCCACUGCUCAGUAUUUACCAAUCAGCUCAAUUGCUAAAUUCUUAAUCAGUGAAAAACUACCAAAACCAAAUACGCCUGAAGCUGAAGAGUUUAAAGCAAGCUUGGAGAAAGAGUUGGAGAAAUUACCAAUUUACAAAGAGCUGUGUGCAGACCCAAACUAUGAACCUGUUAGAGCUUGGAACUAUGUUGAUUCAAAUACCUUAAAUCAAUUAAUAACUAGUGGAACAUUAUCAACUCCUGGUGGGUUUGCUAUUAAACCGAUUUUAUUUUUCAACAAGUCUAAAAAGGAAUCAGUUUCAAUAUACCAUGUUGGUGAGAAGCUUUGUGGAUAUCCCUUCUUAGUGCAUGGUGGUAUAUUGGCCACGAUAUUGGAUGAAAUUUUGAAAAGAACUUCAACCUUUAGCUUUGGAUUAGAUCCUUUGGAGAAUUAUUUUCCUGAUAAAAUCAAAACUAAAAACAUUGAAUUACAAUACAAAUUCCCAACCGUUGCUAAUAGUUUCCUUGUUGUUAGAUGUAAAGAUGAUGGGGAGAAAGUGGAUGGUAGAAUUGAAACACUAGAUGGGAAAUUAUUAGUUAAAGGCUCAGGAACAUUUGAAAAAAGAACUGGUUUAUUCAAAUGA